GCAGCCCCGGCGCCGCGGCAAGGACUCGGCGGUCUGAAGCGCGGCGGCGGCAGCGGCGGCGGCAGCGGCGUGGGGGGCGCGGGGCGCAGCGGCCGGAGCCCCGGGCCCACCAUGAACCGCUUGGAGCGGGCCGCGCUCCGGCCGCUGGCGCUGCUGCUGCUGCUGCUGCUGCUGCAGCUUCAGCAUCUUGCGGCCGCGGCGGAUCAGCUGCGCGGCGGCCAAGGACCGAUUAAGGAGUGCCAAGAGGACCAGUUCCGGUGUCGGAACGAGCGCUGCAUCCCCUCGGUAUGGAGAUGCGACGAGGACGACGACUGCUCGGACAACAGCGACGAAGACGACUGCCCUAAGAAGACCUGUGCAGACAGUGACUUCACCUGUGACAACGGCCACUGCAUCCCUGAGCGGUGGAAGUGUGAUGGAGAGGAGGAGUGUCCUGAUGGCUCUGACGAGUCUGAGGCCACUUGCCCCAGGCAAGUGUGUCCUGCAGAGAAACUGAGCUGUGGACCUACCAGCCACAAGUGUGUGCCUGCCUCCUGGCGCUGUGACGGGGAGAAGGAUUGCGAGGGUGGAGCAGAUGAAGCUGGCUGUGCUACCUUGUGCGCCCCACAUGAGUUCCAGUGCAGCAACCGCUCGUGCCUGGCCGCGGUGUUCGUGUGCGACGGCGAUGACGACUGUGGUGAUGGUAGCGAUGAGCGCGGCUGCGCGGACCCUGCCUGUGGGCCCCGUGAGUUCCGUUGUGGCGGUGUCGGUGGCGCCUGCAUCCCUGAGCGUUGGGUCUGCGACCGCCAGUUCGACUGUGAGGACCACUCAGAUGAGGCAGCCGAGCUCUGUGGUCGAGCAGGCCUGGGGACCACGUCCGCGCCGGCAGCCUGCUCCCCCACCUCCCAGUUUGCCUGCCGCAGCGGCGAGUGCAUACACCUGGGCUGGCGCUGUGACGGGGACCACGACUGCAAGGACAAGUCAGACGAGGCCGACUGCCCAGUGCUGGGGACCUGCCGUGGGGACGAGUUCCAGUGUGGGGAUGGGACUUGUGUCCUUGCAAUCAAACGCUGCAACCAGGAACAAGACUGUCCAGAUGGGAGUGAUGAAGCUGGCUGCUUACAGGGGCUGAACGAGUGUCUGCAAAACAAUGGAGGCUGUUCCCACAUCUGCACUGAUCUCAAGAUUGGCUUUGAGUGUACCUGUCCAGCGGGCUUCCGGCUUCUGGACCAGAAGACCUGUGGCGACAUUGAUGAGUGUGAGGACCCAGAUGCCUGCAGCCAGAUCUGUGUGAAUUACAAGGGAUACUUUAAGUGCGAGUGUCACCCUGGCUAUGAGAUGGACACAUUGACCAAGAACUGCAAGGCUGUGGCUGGCAAGAGCCCGUCCCUAAUCUUUACCAACCGGCAUGAGGUGCGGAAGAUAGACCUGGUGAAGCGGGACUACUCUCGACUCAUCCCCAUGCUCAAGAAUGUUGUGGCACUAGAUGUGGAAGUUGCAACCAAUCGCAUCUACUGGUGUGACCUCUCCUACCGCAAGAUCUAUAGUGCCUACAUGGACAAGGCCAGUGACCCAGCAGAGCAGGAGGUCCUCAUUGAUGAGCAGCUACACUCUCCAGAAGGCCUGGCAGUGGACUGGGUCCACAAGCACAUCUAUUGGACAGACUCAGGCAAUAAGACCAUCUCAGUGGCCACAGUUGAUGGUGGCCGCAGAUGCACUCUCUUCAGCCGUGACCUCAGUGAACCCCGGGCCAUUGCUGUCGACCCUUUGCGAGGGUUCAUGUAUUGGUCUGACUGGGGGUACCAGGCCAAGAUUGAGAAGUCUGGGCUCAAUGGUGUGGACCGGCAAACACUGGUAUCAGACAAUAUUGAAUGGCCCAACGGAAUCACCCUAGAUCUACUGAACCAGCGAUUGUACUGGGUGGACUCCAAGCUGCACCAGCUAUCCAGCAUUGACUUCAGCGGAAGCAACAGAAAAAUGCUGAUUUUCUCUCCUGACUUCCUAAGCCACCCCUUUGGGAUAGCUGUGUUUGAGGACAAGGUAUUCUGGACAGACCUGGAGAACGAAGCCAUUUUCAGUGCAAAUCGGCUCAAUGGCCUAGAAAUCUCCAUCCUGGCUGAGAACCUCAACAACCCACAUGAUAUUGUCAUCUUCCAUGAACUGAAGCAGCCAAGAGCUGCAGAUGCCUGUGAGCUGAGUGCCCAGCCUAAUGGAGGCUGUGAGUACCUGUGCCUUCCUGCUCCCCAAAUCUCCAGCCAUUCUCCCAAGUACACAUGUGCCUGUCCUGACACCAUGUGGCUGGGCCCAGACAUGAAGAGGUGUUAUCGAGCACCUCAAUCUACCUCAACUACGACGUUAGCCUCUACUACGACGAGAACAGUAGCUGCCAUCACAAGAGCACCUGGGACCACCAUCCACAGCCCCACUUACCAGAAUCACAGCACUGACACACCAAGCCUGGCAGCUGCUGUCCCAAGCUCAGUUAGUGUCCCCAGGGCUCCCAGCAUCAGCCCAUCUACCCCAAGCCCUGCAACCAGCAACCACUCCCAGCAUUAUGGGAAUGAAGGCGGCAAGAUGGGUUCAACAGUUACUGCUGCUGUCAUUGGGAUUAUUGCGCCCAUAGCGGUAAUAGCUCUGUUAUGCAUGAGUGGCUACCUGAUCUGGAGAAACUGGAAGCGGAAGAACACCAAAAGCAUGAAUUUUGACAACCCAGUGUACAGGAAAACAACAGAAGAAGAAGAUGAAGAUGAGCUCCAUAUAGGGAGGACUGCUCAGAUUGGCCAUGUCUAUCCUGCAGCAAUCAGCAGCUUUGAUCGCCCACUGUGGGCAGAGCCCUGUCUUGGGGAGACCAGAGAACUGGAAGACCCAGCCCCUGCCCUCAAGGAGCUUUUUGUCUUGCCGGGGGAACCAAGGUCACAGCUGCACCAACUCCCGAAGAACCCUCUUUCCGAGCUGCCUGUCGUCAAGUGCAAGCGAGUGGCAUUAAGCCUUGAAGAUGAUGGACUGCCCUGAGGAUGGGACCACCCCUUCGUGCCUCAUGGAGCUCGGUCCCAUGCACUACUCUCUCUGGAUGGUGUAUGAUUGGAUGAAUGGGUUUCUACAUAUGGUCUGUGUGAGUGAGUGUGUGGAUGUGUAACUUUUUUWAAUUUAUGUUGCAGAAAGGUAACCACAAAGUUAUGAUGAACUGCAAACAUCCAAAGGAUGUGAGAGUUUUUAUAUGUAUAAUGUUUUAUACACUUUUUAACUCGUUGCACUACCCAUGAGGAAUUCAUGGAAUGGCUACUGCUGAGUGACUAACCUGCUGUACAUAACCAAACAGGGGCCGAUGGUACAGUACCUUACUCAUCAUUUAAAUACUAUAUUUACAGAGGAUGUUUGAUUUGGGGGGAUUUUUUGGGUUUGGGGGUUUUGUUUUUUUGUAAAUACAAUAAUGCUUUGUGGCUAUCCAUCAACAUAAGUAAAAAAGAACAAACACUUCAACUCCCUCCCCCAUUUAGAUUAUUUAUUAACAUAUUUCAAAAAUGACAUUAGUUCCAUAAAACAUUUAGAGAAGUGAAAGUAUUUAUUUUUGGUAUGACUGGCCCACCACACAGACUCUGUGUAUGUGUUUAUGUAUGUGUGAGAGAGAAAUCUGCAGAGAAGAGACACACCUCUAGUUAUUGUUCAAAUACAUAAAAAUAGAUUUAUUUUAAAAUAGUCCACAAGAGGGGUAUCUGUAGUUUUCAGAGAAACCUUUGGAAAUUUGGCUCAGAAAACAGAUACCAAGGUUUGUACAAAUAUGUGGUGUGAAGAGACAGAUCUUUUUACCUCUGGCUAUUCCUGAGACCCUAAUAAACCAGGAAAAGCCUUUCAGCUCAUCUGGGGCUUCUUGUCUGUGGCUAAGGUCAGUGUACAGAUAUUAUACAUAGUGCCAGAAGUGUUCAUGAGUUCAAGAAAGAACAUGCCUAAACCUCAGCAAGUCCUUGUUAAGUUCAGUUCUUUGAGUAAUGUCUUCAGUUUCCUUCAGGACACUGGGGUUGAAUUCAGUAAGCUUCCUCUAAAGCACCCUGAAGGCUGCCAUCCUAACUUAUUUAGCUAAGUGGAGACAUUUUCAGAACAGCCCAUGUUUACUACAGAGACUCACUCAGGCACUGAACUCUGAGACAUGCUGUGGGUGAGGAUAACGGUGGUGGAGUAAGUUUUAUUACAUCUCUGUUUGUUCUUUCCCUUCACUUUCUACCAUUUUCUUUAGGUGGGAAAACAGUUUAAAGAAAUUAGUAGGUUUCUUACCAUCAUUUGGGCAUAGAGAUGAAACUAAAUUUUGGCUUAAAUCAGAAAAGUGGUUAAACCUGAAGUCAUAUUUGAGGGGAAAUGGCAUAUAAAAAAGUACAACAUAUUGGCUAUGUAUGUUCACACAGGGAUUUGGUUUACUAGUUUGUAAAUAAAAGGAAAUACUCUGG